UUAAUUAGUGACCUGUUGCACGGUGAAAAUGCGCUUGUGUUUGCAUAUGGAGUCACGAACUCUGGCAAAACAUAUUCUAUUAUGGGUACACCUCAAGAUCCUGGACUUUUACCACGAACAUUGGAUGUGAUCUUUAACAGUGUGAAAUUAGAUGACAAAUUCGAGUACGGUAUCUGGGUAUCCUUUGCAGAGAUUUACACAGAAAAGAUCUACGAUCUACUCGUACCUCCAGACAGGCAAUUGAAACGUAGAGCCCUGUCUCUGAAGUACGAGUUCCGAAGUGGGCAUAAAUAUAUUUCCGGACUUAAAGAAGUCAAGGUUCAAUCCAUUGAGGAAGCAUAUGUGAUAUUAAGAGAGGGCCAGCGCAACAGAGCCGUGUUUUCUACCAUAAUGAAUCAGACAAGUAGCAGAAGCCACAGCGUGUUUACUAUCCGAAUUGUUCGAGAUCCUUCAUAUGUUACUGUGUCAAAGAUGUCUAUUGUUGAUCUGGCUGGAUCUGAAAGACAUCGAAAUACUUUCAAUUCCGGUCAAAGAUUAAAAGAAGCUGGCAACAUUAACAAAUCAUUGAUGGUUCUUGGACAAUGUAUGGAGACAUUACGUUUCAAUCAAUUGAAAGCAGCUAUGGGCAAGCGCCAAGCUGUUGUUCCAUUCAGGCACAGUAAAUUGACUGAAUUGUUCAAGAGUUCGUUUGAGGGAGACGGCAAAGCAGUUAUGGUGGUCAAUGUAAAUCCCUUUGACACCGGGUUUGAUGAGAAUAGCCAUGUCAUGAAAUUUGCAGCCGUAGCAAAGGAUGUAGCUACA